AAUUGAUCAAAAUGUUAAAAAAUGCUCACACAACAACAAGUAUAUUUAUAUAUUGUAGCGUAUGUAUCUUUUGGAUUAUAAAUGCAUCAACAGCCGCCCAAAAUUAUCGUCUUCCCAAAUCAAUAGUUCCUGAACAUUAUACAAUAAAUAUUAAUACCUAUUUGGACAAUGAAUUUAAAUUUAAUGGAUAUGUUGUAAUUAAGUUAAAAGUUGUAGAACCAACAAAUGUUAUACAACUACAUUCAGCCGAUUUGGAUAUACCUUUCGAUGAAGUGAAAUUAUUAGAUAAUGAUGAGAAUAAAAUUGAAAUAGAUAGUCAAUCUUUUGAUAAAGAACAGGAAUUUUAUACAAUAACAUUAAAUGACUAUUUAAAAAAUGAUGAUAAAAAUUAUAGCCUGUUUAUACCAUUUGCUGGUAACUUAACAGAAGGUUUAGCUGGAUUUUAUCGUAGCAGUUAUAUAGAUCGUGCUACAAAUGAGAAAAAAUGGCUAGCGACAACACAGUUUGAAUCAACUGAUGCUCGACGUGCAUUCCCAUGCUUCGACGAACCAGAAAUGAAAGCUAAGUUUAAAAUUAGCCUUGGACAUAACAGUAACUAUACAGCAAUCAGUAAUAUGCCAUUGGAAAAAAGCGAAGAAACUGGUGAGGGUUGGAUUGUGGAUUAUUUCCAGGAAUCAGUGAAAAUGUCUACGUAUUUGGUUGCAUUUAUUGUAUCCGAUUUUGAUUUUAAAAAUGGUGAUAAUAUUACAGACACUAUUUUUAGAGUUUGGGCGAGAAAAGAUGCUCUCGAUCAAGUAGAUUAUGCUGCAAGUGUUGGUCCAAAAUAUUUACAAUUCUACGAAGAUUAUUUCGACAUCAAAUUUCCAUUACCUAAACAAGACAUGAUUGCCAUACCUGAUUUCAAUGCUGGUGCUAUGGAAAAUUGGGGUUUAAUUACAUAUCGUGAAACAGCAUUACUCUACGAUCCAAAUAUAUCUUCUGCAUCAAGUCAACAUCGUGUUGCCAGUGUAAUCGCUCAUGAACUUGCCCACCAAUGGUUUGGUAAUUUAGUUACAAUGAAAUGGUGGACUGAUUUAUGGUUAAAUGAAGGUUUUGCAACAUUUAUGGCUGCAAAAGCUAUACAUGCAAUAAAUCCUGAAUGGAAUUCAUUAAACGAUGAAAAUAUUGAAAAUAUGAUCGCAAUUUAUAAAUUAGAUCGAUUAGAAUCGUCACAUCCGAUAUCCGUAACAAUUGGUCAUCCAAGUGAAAUUGCACAAAUAUUUGAUGUAAUCUCAUAUCGAAAAGGAUCGUUUAUAUUACGAAUGAUUACGUUGUUCUUAGGCGAAGAUGUAUUCCGUCAAGGUGUUAGUAAUUAUUUACGAAAAUAUGCAUACGGAAAUGCUGUAACAGAUGAUUUAUGGGCCGCGUUAAGUGAGGAAGCACAUAAACGUGGCGUGUUACAGGAAGGUAUGGAUGUUAAAACCAUUAUGGAUACAUGGACUGUUCAAACUGGGUAUCCAUUAGUUACGGUCACACGUAACCCAGAUGGUGGAUUGGAAGUCAAUCAAGAACGUUUUGUUAUUGGUGCCAAACAACGUGAUACAUCUUGUUGGUGGGUACCAUUAAGUUAUACAACGGCAAAAAGUUCAGAUUUUAAUGAUACGACUCCAAAAGACUGGUUGAAAUGUGAUUCAAAUGCAAAACAGUUGCCUACUACAAAACUUUUGGAAAAAGGUUUACCGGAAAAUGAUGAAUGGAUUCUCUUAAAUAUUCAAUCUGCAGGACUUUAUAAAGUAAAUUAUGAUGACAAAAAUUGGGAUUUGUUAAUAAAAGCUUUGAUAGAAGAUCAUAAUUCCAUACCAGUUUUAAAUCGUGUACAAUUAAUUGAUGAUUCAAUGGAUUUAGCAAACGCUGGACGUUUAAAUUAUAAUGUUUCAUUAAGAUUAUUAACAUAUUUGGUAGCAGAAGAUGAAUAUUUAGCAUGGAACACGGCAUUAGAUCAUUUGAACUAUUUGAAAAUAAUGUUAAGUCGUCGGGCUGUUUUUGGAUUGUUUACCAAAUAUAUAAAACAAUUGGUUACACCAAUUUAUGAAAAAGUUUCAUAUGAAUUAGCCGAAAAAUCAAUCGAGGCUAUCAAACGUCAGGUAUUAAUUAGUGCAUGGGCAUGUCGUUUUGACAUUGGUGAUUGUCAGGAACAGUCAGCUGAAUUAUUUAAAAAUUGGAUGAAUAGUAAAAAUUCAGAUGAAGUUAACCCAAUUCCAAAAGAUUUGCGAGGUGUUGUAUAUUGUACAGCUAUCAGAAAAGGUGGCGAAAAAGAAUGGAACUUCUUGUGGCAAAAAUAUUUAAAAUCAAAUGUUGGAUCAGAAAAAGUAACUUUCCUACAUGCAUUGGGAUGCACUUCAGAACAGUGGAUUUUAAAUAGGUAUUUGGAUUGGUCAUUAAAUUCUACAUCUGGUAUUCGAAAACAAGACAUGAUUGAUGUAUUUGGAACGGUUUCUAAUAGUCCACUUGGAUUUUAUUUGGCAAAAGACUUUUUAAAAUCAAGAAUUACAGAUUUAGCUGAAUACUUAGGACAGAAAAGCGAUCGACUAACCAGAUAUAUCAAGUCGUUAGCAAGACAAAUGCAUACACCACUUGAAUUGGAAGAGCUUGAAAAAUUCACACAAAAACAUGAAAAUUUAUUGAAAGAUUCAAGUUUAGGUAUACAACAAGCAUUGGAAGGAAUACGAAAGAAUAUCGAUUGGCAAAAUAAACAUUACAAUGAAAUCAGCACAUUAUUUGAGACAAUGGAUAAAAUAGAAAGAAAAAUAUAAAAUAAUAUUUUUAUUAUAAAAAUUGAA